GAAGAAAGAAGAGUUCAAAGAACCAAACACUCCCCUCCGGCCCACUGCCAUCUGGCCCAGCAGCACAUGUUCGAUUCUUUCCCCUUUGUCCGUCGGCUACGACGCUAGCCGCCGCCAAUCCCAACGGACAGCACGGCGGCGGCUGGGGCUGGGGCUGCGGCGAGCGGCGCGCCGCCAGCCGCCGCCGCUAGGACCUUGGGCGCGGCUGCCGGCUGCGCUCGCGCAGGCAUGCGCCGUGCGGACGGUACCUGAGCGCAACGACGGAUGGGCAGCGACGGCGGAUGCAGACUGCUAGUCUUCCAGCCGCGUCCGCCGUCGAACGCCGCCGCUCGUCCGCUCCUUCGCUCGGCCAGAAGGGAGGAAGACAGAAGGGUUACUAGGGGUUCUACUCCGGCGGUAGGUGGGGCAGCUGCCCCACCGUGCUGCAUGGGGAGCUCCGCCUCUGCUGGCGGAUGAAAUGAUCCUGCGGCCUUCUCUUCUGGCCGUCGCCCGCCCUCUCAGCACCGUAGCCGUCGCGGCGGCCGUCCGCCGCGGGGACCUCGCCGGCGCGGAGGAAGCCUUCGCGUCGACGCAGCUCAAGACCACGACCACCUACAACUGCCUUCUCGCGGGAUACGCGAAGGCGUCCGGUCUCAUCCGCCUCGCGGACGCACGCCGCUUGUUCGACAGUAUCCCGCACCCGGACACCGUCUCCUACAACACGCUCCUGUCCUGCCACUUUGCCUGCGGCGAUAUUGAUGGCGCGCGGAGAGUCUUCUCCACGAUGCCCGUCAAGGAUGUCACGUCGUGGAACACUAUGGUCUCCGGGCUCUCCAAGAACGGGGCCAGCGAGGAGGCCGCAGCCAUGUUUCGGAUCAUGCCGGUGAGGAAUGCUGUUUCCUGGAAUGCAAUGGUUGCCGCGCUCGCGUGCUCUGGAGACAUGGGUGCAGCAGAGGACUUGUUUAGGAAUGCGCCGGAGAAGACGGAUGCCAUUCUCUGGACUGCAAUGGUGUCAGGGUACAUGGACACCGGCAAUGUCCAGAAGGCCAUGGAAUUCUUCGGGGCAAUGCCUGUGAGGAACUUGGUUUCAUGGAAUGCUGUUGUUGCUGGUUAUGUAAAAAACUCACGCGCAGAUGAUGCUUUGAGGGUGUUCAAGACCAUGGUUGAGGACUCUAUUGUGCAGCCAAAUGCGUCAACGUUAAGUAGCGUGCUUCUUGGAUGCAGUAACCUGUCUGCACUUGGAUUUGGGAGGCAGGUACAUCAGUGGUGCAUGAAGUUGCCUCUUAGCAGGAAUGUGACUGUGGGCACAUCUCUUCUCAGCAUGUACUGCAAAUGCGGCGAUUUGAAUGAUGCCUGCAAGGUGUUUGAUGAGAUGAGUACAAAGGAUAUAGUUGCAUGGAACGCCAUGAUUUCUGGCUACGCCCAACAUGGGGGUGGAAUGCAAGCUAUCAAGUUAUUUGAAAAAAUGAAGGAUGAAGGAGUGGUGCCAGACUGGAUUACUCUGUUGGCAGUAUUGACAGCUUGUAUCCACACUGGAUUGUGUGAUUUUGGAAUCCAAUGCUUUGAAACAAUGCAGGAAGCAUAUAAGAUUGAACCUCAGAUUGAUCAUUACUCAUGUAUGGUGGAUCUUCUCUGCCGAGCUGGUCUGCUUGAAAGAGCUGUCAACAUGAUCCAUUCAAUGCCCUUUGAGCCACAUCCUUCUGCCUAUGGCACCUUGCUGACUGCUUGUAGAGUUUAUAAGAAUUUGGAGUUUGCUGAGUUUGCUGCUAGAAAGCUGAUUGAACAGGAUCCACAGAAUGCAGGUGCCUAUGUACAGCUGGCAAAUAUUUAUGCGGUGGCAAAUAAGUGGGCUGAUGUCUCUAGAGUAAGGAGAUGGAUGAAGGAUAAUGCGGUAGUGAAAACACCUGGGUAUAGCUGGAUGGAAAUAAAGGGUGUAAGGCAUGAGUUCAGAUCUAAUGACAGGCUGCAUCCUCAGCUUGGUUUGAUUCAUGACAAGUUGGACCGCUUGCAGAUGCUGAUGAAAGCAAUGGGCUACGUUCCUGAUCUUGAUUUUGCACUGCAUGAUGUCGAGGACAGUCUGAAGUCACAAAUGCUGAUGAGGCACAGCGAAAAGCUUGCUAUCGCUUUCGGUCUGAUUAGCACUUCCCCUGGGAUGACCUUGAGGAUCUUCAAGAACCUCAGGAUCUGUGGAGAUUGUCAUAAUGCAGCCAAGCUUAUAUCCAAAAUCGAGGAUCGGGAAAUAAUACUAAGGGAUACCACACGGUUCCACCAUUUUAGAGGUGGGCAUUGCUCAUGCGGGGAUUACUGGUGAAGGAAAGAAUCUCGAUAACAGUUUCAGACACACUCGCAAUGUAGUACUUGCAACACUAUAUAAUCCCAUCGACAGGAAUAAAAUGUGUGGUAAUUUUUUGUUAACUUAAUGAGUGGCUAGGACGAUCUGCAGAGAGUUAGCCAGAGAAACUGAUCAUUUGUUUGAUGGCUGUGUUUUUGCCAAACUUUUUUGGUUUCGGUUGUUUGGAAAGGUUAAUCUUCAAAGUUUGGUACCACAGCUGGGGGUCAACAAUUUUAUGGAGUUGCGGAGAUAGGCUGCUGGGCAGAUCACUGGUGUUGUUGUAGAGGAGCUGAAAACACUUUUAGUUUUGGGAGCUUGGACCAUUUGGAAACACCGUAAUGGUUCGAUUUCAAUAAAAUCUUUCCCUCAGUAAGGCUGCUCUCACUUGGAUGCUGCUCUCAGUAAGGCUGAACUAGAAGUGGAGUUUGGAGGUUGGCAGGGGCUAAGAAUCUUUCCCUCCUAACUGCUCCAACCCCUGUUUUGAUAGUCCGAUUAGUUGUAGUAGUCGUGUGUGCACUGUUUUCUUAGACGGAAAACGGUAGACGGACGGUGAGGAGCUGUCUAAGGUUUAGACGUGUUUAGACGUGUUUAGACGGAAUUAAACGGCCUAAACGGUAUGUUACUGUAGCAUAGUUUCAGCAGGAUAAAAAAGAUUUUUUCCUAA